CUCUACGGACUUUAUUAAAAAAAAAUUGGAUAAAAACAUUCAAAAUGGCUGUAGAGAUUUUAUACGAAAGUGAUAAUUUUCUAGUGGUUAAUAAACCGUAUGAUAUGUACAUUAACUCGGACGACGAAAAUGAAAAGAAUACUGUAACACAUCACAUAGCGUCGGGAGACUCGCAUUUAUCAACUUCUGUGAACCCCAUCCAUUUCGUCCAGAGAUUAGACUACUCAACGAGUGGUGUCCUAUGCAUAGCUAAGAAUAAAACUGCAGCUGGUCGCGCGGGAAAGUUAUUUGAGAAGCGGGAAACUAAGAAAUAUUAUUUAGCCUUAGUCAGAGGCCAUGUACAGCAUGAAUUGUGCGAUAUUGAAUAUGAUGUUGGUCUAGAUCCUUUAACAGCACAGACAAGUCAUAGAAUGUUGGUGCGUAAAACACCAUCGUGCAAGUCUUGCGUUUUGCCGCGAGUUGCUCAUACCCGCAUGUUUUUACUGGAGACUGGAUACUAUGAUAAAGAUCCUGUAUCCGUCGUGCUUCUUAAUCCAAUCACAGGUCGUCGUCACCAGCUACGUGUGCACUGUGCUGCUAUCGGUCACACCAUUCUCGGCGACUACACGUACAGUGAUGCGGCGGACAACGCACCACACAGGAUGUUUCUACAUGCAAUGAGAUUGGUGUUACCAGUUGACGGCGAACAUCUAGAUAUACAAACGACAGACCCAUUUUUCAGCGAUAAGAAGUUUACAGACAGAUGGAAAUCUUGCAAAAAAUAUCACAAAUUUCAAUCAAAGGAAGAUUUCCUGCUUAUUUGCGACAUUGUAGAUAAAGUGUAUGUUCUUGGUGUACGGUACAAACGCUUUGUAUGCAAAGAUAAGUAAUAAAUUGUCCGUAAACCACCGUGAAUAAUUUAUCUUAUUAUUUGAUGAACAUGUAAAAAGUUUGUACAUAUUAGGUUAAUGUUUAAAAUAAAA